AAAUUUCAAAUUCAGAAUACAAAAGGAACCAACAACACCCUAUUGGUUGGUUGGUUCAAUUCAAGAUUCUAAGUUAAGUUAAUGGCGGACUAGUGGGUUUAAUCGCCAUUGUUAAUCAAAUCCUCAUUGCCUUUAGACCUUUCUUUUUGUUUGUUCAUGCUUCGCUGUUCUUCCAUUUUCAUUACAUAUAUAUAUAUAUAUAUUGGCACUCUCUCUCUUGGGUUGAGGUUUGGCCGGUGCAUGGCGUUGCCCGCUAGGUAAUUCGCCGGUUUAUAACUGAGGCAGUGCGGUGGCGGCGACGGCGGCGGCACCACCAUUGUGUGAAUUGUUGGCUUUCUUCUAGUAAGUUUUAAUGGAGCAGAAGGGGAAAUCAAAUGCUGUGAAGAACUCUACUACGAUGUCAUCUCGGGGUGGGCGGGUUUCUUUGAAGGCUAUGGAGUCACCGAAGCGGGUGGUUUCUGUAUCGGCGGUUGAAUCGACGCCUCAGUCUGGUGUGAAGAAGCAAAGUUCGAAAGUUAGUAGAUCUCUGACGCCGAAUGGUCCUAAGAAGGGGAGGGAUGGUGAGAAUGUUGGAGUUUCGGCUCGAACGGUCAACCGUGGUGGUCUCAAGCAAGUUUUGCACCGGCGUUCUUUGUCUGGUGCUGGUUCUUGUGUAAAUGUUGAGGACUGUAAUGGAGUUAAGAGUGGAUUGCAGGAGAAGCUUUGUUUUGCGGAGGAUUUGAUUAAAGAUUUGCAGUCUCAAUUGGUGGAGCUGAAGGAGGAGUUGCAUAAGUCUCAGAGCUUGAACUUUGAACUUCAAUCGCAGAAUGAUUUGCUCGUUCGUGACCUAGCCGCUGCUGAAGCGAAGUUCGCUAGUGUUAGUAAUAAUGACAAGAGGAAGUCAGUUUCAGAGGAAUCGCAACGAAGCGCCGAGGACAAUCAGAAACUUGAAAAUGGAAAGUUGGAGACUCAACCAUCAAGUUCGUGUCGGAAUGUUAGAGAUUUGGACUGCAAGACUCCACCACCACGGGCACCGCCGCCUCCGCCUCCGCCUCCGCCGCUUCCUGUCCAGUCCAUGCCCCGAGCAGCGGCUACACAGAAAUCUCCGGACCUCGUACGCCUCUUUCACUCAUUAAGAAAGAAAGAGGGGAAGAGAGAUCCUCCAUUGUUGGGGAAACCAGCUGCGAUCAAUGCGCAUAAUAGCAUUGUUGGGGAAAUUCAGAAUCGUUCUGCGCAUCUUUUAGCCAUAAAAGCAGAUAUUGAAACCAAAGGAGAGUUCAUCAAUGGUCUCAUUGACAAGGUGCUUGUUGCAGCUCAUACGGACAUUGAAGAUAUCCUCAAGUUUGUCGAUUGGCUUGAUUCCCAACUUUCAUCAUUGGCUGACGAGCGAGCUGUGUUAAAGCAUUUCAAGUGGCCUGAGAAAAAAGCUGAUGCCAUGCGAGAAGCGGCCAUAGAAUACCGUGCGCUCAAACUGUUGGAAAAUGAAAUCUCCUUUUACAAGGAUGACACUAAUUCUCCAUGUGAGGCAGCCUUGAAGAAGAUGGCGAGCUUGUUAGACAAGUCGGAGCGAGGCAUACAACGUUUAAUCACACUUCGGAGUACUGUCAUGCAUUCUUAUCAAAACCUGAAACUCCCAACAAAUUGGAUGCUAGACUCCGGUAUCAUGAGUAAGAUAAAGCAAGCUUCUAUGAAUCUUGCCAAGAUGUACAUGAAAAGGGUGAAAACGGAGCUGGAUUCAGUUCGUAGUUCAGAUAAAGAAUCCAACCAUGAAUCUCUAUUACUUCAGGGAAUUCAUUUUGCAUACAGAACUCACCAGUUUGCUGGAGGGCUUGAUUCGGAAACAUUGUGUGCUUUUGAGGAAAUAAAACAAUGGGUUCCAAGACGAAUGGUUGGAAGAUCCCAUGCUCAAGGGUUGAUAGUUGGCAUACAAUCAUCAUAACCAAGUAAACAGUUAUUCUCUCUCCUUAUGUAAAAUAUUUACUCUUUUGUAGUAUAUUUAUUGAAAAUGAGAAGGGGAUAGCAGAUUAAGAUAGAUGUUCAUUAUUAAUUUGGUUAAUGUUAGUGAAGUGUAUUGAUAUAUGAUAUUUGGUUGUUUUGUAGUAAUGGCUUAAAGAAAUGGUGUUUCAAAUAGUUUUAUUUUUAAAAUAAAUAAAAUUAGCUUCAUCUACUUGUCAUAA